AUGGCACCCAUAAAUCGUUUAGGCGUCUUUUCCAGACUUCCAUUAGAAAUAAGACAGCAAAUAUGGUCCGAGUUCCAACCACAGUAUCUCCAAGGCAAUCAACAACUUACAAUUCUUUGCACGAGUAGUCACAUAUACGAAGAGGUUUCGACAGAAAUAUUCAAGCAUCAAGAUUUCAAGAUUUGGAUUCCUGCCCGAUGCGGACGUACUGAGGUCGAAGAUUCUGAUGAAUCGCCACAACCUGAAGACAAUCCCCACACAACAAUAACGAAUAACUUCUAUCGCCUUUGGCAAUUAGAAAGCUAUCAAAAUGCGGUAUCCAUAGGAUUCGGACCCCAAGGCUUUCCCUGGCACAAAGUCCCUCGUAUACGAAUCGAAAUCGAAGCCCCAAGCUCAGACGACGGGGAACUCAUCUGUGUCUAUAAGCGAACCAGAGAUCUUAUAGAAUUAAUUGAGCGACCCGGACGAAAUUUCAAGAAUAUAGAGAUCUUGUUAAAGGACACCGAAGAAACACAAUGGUUUCGCGGCCGCAGAAUCCCGGAAAUCACAGAGGUUGGAAGUGAUAUCCUUGGCUCUGAAGGAGAGGAAAUCCCACAUUUCGAAGUGAUCCUAGAUUUGUUCAACCGCCUUCGGAAUUUCAACUCCGCCAAGGUACAUACCACUCAAUCACCACUUAGAUCUGGACUGGGAGCUCCAUUUGAGCGGCUACAAAAUGUCAUCUUGGUAGAGCCAACGCCUUUUGGUUACUUCAAGAAACGAACCCAGUCUUUCGAUAUUGACGACAAGGUAACGAGGCAACGAUUGGGCGACAGAUACCUUAUGAUGGAACGCUUCUUAGACAAUGUACCUCAGGCAGUCGAAGGGAGGUCAUCGACCGCCAACUGUUUGCGACUAGAAAGAUUCGCUUCCUGGUAUUCGGAUUUCUUGCAUGGCCAUUCAAAGUAUGAAACAGACAUCAUGGAUAUUAUCUGCUCCGGGAAACGAUCUUUGAAAGAACUCCAACUGGAGACCUUCUGUCUGGACCAUCGAUAUAGACUGAUGCGCGCAUACAAGCCUGUCGCAGUACACCUAUGGAACGAAUUCGCACCGUCCGCAGAACCUUCACCAGCAGAGGCGUCUUGGGAUAAAGAUAAGUGGCAAAGGGAAUGGCCGCAAGGUAUCAAUGGACUGGAACCGGUGUGGGAUUUUGUUGCCGCGAAUCUUCCUGAUGUAGCUUUUCGGAGCGACAUUGGCACCGUUUUGAUGUUGUGCGAGAAAGCCAUGGUUCCCUUCCCCAAUUGGUACAAAUGGCGCUUCGACUGCUUCCUACAAGCAUUCCCAGGAGUAACCAGCGGGCCUCAUGAAGAUUUCUGGAAAAUGAAUUAUUUUCGAGACAAGGUUAGCGAACGUCGCGAGGAUCUCGAGAAUUAUCAUGAUUUAUGCCAGGAGUCCAUGGAUAGUUACGGCGAGUUGGCUUGGCCCCUGAGAAAGGAGGGAGAGCAAUUAUACAAGGCCAUGACCCCGAAGGAAGUUAGGGAUUGGAGGGGGAAAUUCAAGAGGGGGCUCCGAUAA